UUUACAGGAGAGUUAAAUAAAAUCACCAAUUUUGGAUAUCUGAUUUUUGAAAAGUAUCACCAAGAACAAGAAAAGAAAUUGGUAAUUUACGCUCUUCGACUAUUAACACUUUGGAAAAAGCUAAAAAAAUUAGAAUCUAUAAUUGACCUCAUAAUCGAAUUAUUGACUACUGGAUGA